AUGCUGAACUGUCAAACCAAAAAUCUUAGCUUAUUAUAUCAUCGUUCUUACGUCUCACCAUUGACGAAGAACAUGUUUGAAAAGUUACAAAGCAUACAAAUUGUGCGAGUUUGUUACAAAGCAUGUAUCCCACCAACCCCAAUUGGACUUUACUUUCCAUUGAGCAAUACCAAUUCUCUUCUUCUUCUUCACAUUUACACUCAGUCGCCUAUAUAAAUACCUACUCAAUUUCCCGUUUUCAACCAUAACCCAAUACAAGUCUUCAUGGAAACUACCACCGGUGCGUUGCUUGCUUCUGGCUCAAAAAUGACAAGUGGAGAAAUGAGAUGGAAUCCAACCCUAAUUUGUGUUCCAAUUAUGGGGGAUUCGGUGGGGGAGAUGUUGGUUGAUACAGGUAAGGCAAAGGCUAGUGGUGCUGACCUUGUGGAAAUCAGAUUGGAUUGUUUGAAAAAUUUUAGCCCUCAUGAGGAUCUCAAAACCAUAAUCAAACAUUGCCCUUUGCCCACUUUGUUCACCUACAGACCAAAAUGGGAAGGUGGUCAAUAUGAGGGUGAUGAAAAAGAGCGAUUGGAUGUGUUACGAUUAGCCAUGGAGUUGGGAGCUGAUUACAUUGAUGUUGAGCUUCAGGUUGCUCUUGAGUUCAACAAUUCCAUACGUGGGAAGAAGCCUGAAAAGUGCAGAGUCAUUGUUUCUUCUCAUAACUAUCAGUGCACUCCAUCCGCUGAAGAUCUUGGUAAUCUUGUGGCAACGAUACAAGCAACUGGAGCUGAUAUUGUGAAAUUUGCUACCACUGCUUUGGACAUAACUGAUGUGGCUCGCGUUUUCCAGAUAACUGUGCAUUCUCAAGUUCCAGUUAUUGCACUCGUUAUGGGUGAAAGGGGUUUAAUUUCACGGAUACUUUGUGCAAAAUUUGGUGGUUAUCUUACUUUUGGUACCCUUGAGUCUGGAAUUGUAUCAGCUCCUGGUCAACCAACAAUCAGAGAUCUUUUGGAUCUGUACAAUUUUAGACAGUUAGGACCUGAUACGAAAGUAUUUGGGAUUAUUGGUAAGCCUGUUGGCCACAGCAAAUCGCCUAUUUUGUAUAAUGAAGCAUUUAAGUCUGCUGGUUUCGAUGGGGUUUAUGUUCAUUUGUUGGUGGAUGAUGUUGCAAAAUUUUUCCAGACAUACUCAUCCAGUGACUUUGCUGGAUUCAGUUGUACAAUUCCUCACAAGGAGGCUGCAGUAAAGAUCUGCAAUGAGGUUGAUCAAGUUGCAAAGUCAAUUGGAGCUGUUAAUUGUAUUAUGAGGAGGAGUGAUGGAGAGUUAUUUGGUUGCAAUACGGACUAUGUUGGUGCUAUUUCUGCUAUUGAGGAUGGACUAAGAGGUAGAGAAAAUGGUAGUGGCAUAGUUGGUUCACCUUUAUCAGGAAAGUUAUUUGUGGUUAUUGGUGCUGGUGGUGCUGGCAAGGCACUUGCUUAUGGUGCAAAAGAAAAGGGUGCAAGGGUUGCGAUCGCCAAUCGCACAUAUGAACGUGCCAAAGAACUUGCCGACAUUGUUGGAGCAGAUGCUUUGACUCUUGCUGAUCUGAAUAACUUCCAUCCAGAGGAUGGUAUGAUUCUCGCAAACACAACGUCUAUUGGGAUGCAACCAAAAGUUGAUGAAACACCUAUUUCUAAGGAUGUUUUGAAAUAUUAUUCGCUAGUUUUCGAUGCUGUUUAUACCCCCAAAGUAACUAGACUCUUGCGAGAAGCUGAAGAAUCUGGAGCCAGUACAGUUUCUGGGUUGGAGAUGUUCAUCGGACAGGCAUAUGAACAAUAUGAGAGGUUCACUGGAUUGCCUGCACCCAAGGAGCUGUUCCGGAAAACCAUGGCAAAUUACUAAAACGGUAUUUUUUGGCCAAUUCAUUGCAUGCUGCAGAUAUUGAUUCCCUUCAAGUCAACUGAAGGCGUUUCUGUGCUUUUGGGUUUAUCUUUCUACUUUAUUGUUAACAUAUUUUUUCAUAUGUUAGAACGGUAAAUAAUUUCCUUGAUUUAUCUGAUGAAAUAUUUAGGACAUUUAGAAAUUUCUGUGUUUUUCAUAUAAUUUUCUUAAAGUAUUUGUGACUAAGGCUAUAAAUGAGCCGAGUAGUGGGCAGACUUGAUUAUUGUUGAGCCGAGUUUGAGUUCAAUAGCCCAAUUUGAGUAAAAUAUAAAUAAACUCUUAAAA